AUGCGUUUCCACCACCUGGACAGACUCAAAUUCAGCUUCCACCACCAGCUACAAGCUCCACACUCAGUCAUGCGCGGUGCAUUCCGCGACAAAUUCGCUUUUGAGCUCUUCAUCGAGAAAACGUGGAACGCAAUACAAUCCUGCAUCACCGAGCUCGCCACUGGCACUUGGCUUGAAUAUUUCGUCCUCGAUCCGGUUGGCCAGUAUGUCGCCGUCGCCGCCAUCGCUCUCAUACUCUCUCUUUGCGUGGGCCGCUUCCAUAUCCUCCUCAACGCGUGGAAGAUGGUAGUUAACAAGGCCUUCGCUCGUAUCAAAGAUGACAAUGCUAAUCAUAGCGGAUAUGGCGCCUGCGAUAGCGACAAGCCAACGGCCGCUGGCGACGAAGAUAGUCCGAACGAUGUACAAAAUAAGCAAGAAGCGGCAAAGCUCGCAAACCGCCUUGAGAAUGUGCACAUCGCGACACGGAAGACGACUUCGUCUCUGGCACCUCAUUUUAGACCUCAGCAGAACCCCAAUAUGCUCAUCGAACCCGACGCAAAUACCGUAAGCGUCCUCAAAUAUCAGACGCCGCCUCGACGACCAGACCUUAUGACAACAGAAGGAGACCCGGAGACGAUUAAGAAGAGGAAGGAUCAGCUGGAUCGGCUUCGGAUGUGGUCGUGA